AUGGACUCUAGUAAGAAACUUGUCUUUUCGGAGCCGUUUCUGUCACAGAGAAGGAAAGUAGUUUCUGGGUUUAGUUUAGGGGUUGUAGCUUCUCUUCUUAUUUUCACUCUUAUCUUUCUUGAUCAUUCCCUUAAUCCUAAAGUUCAGGGCUUUCUUCAAGGACUAGAUAAUGAUGGUUCAAAUUCUUCCUUUCCCUCUUUGCCCUUUUCAUUUUCAUCUUCUUCUUCUGCGAGUAAUGUCUCUGUGAAUUCUGGGCAGAAUAGUGAGGAAGGAAGUGUUCGUGUGGGUAAAACUGGCGAAGUGAAUGUUCCACAGACGAAUCCUCUGGAGGAAAAUUUAACAGAGAACUAUAAGAAUGCAAGCUUGCAUUCUGAAGAACCAAAGGUUCAACAGGAAGAAAUCCAUGAAACAAACGGCACAUUGGGUUCUGAGAAAGCAAAUAUUUUGGAUUCACUAAGCACUCGCCCGGAGAAUACCUCCCAAGCAGGUCAAGAUGUAAACUUGAUUGUGCAGAAAAAUAACAGCAUGGAUAAUGCAAGUGUCAUUGCUAAAGAUUCACAUGCAGAGAAAAUGAAGAUCAGUUUCUAUGAGAACUGCAACAUUUUCGAUGGUAAGUGGGUAAGAGAUUAUUAACCAUAUUAUCCCAUGGGUUCUUGCCCUCACAUCGAUAGGGAUUUCAAUUGCCACAUUAAUGGAAGACCUGAUGGCGAUUAUGUGAAAUGGAAAUGGCAGCCGAAUGACUGCGACAUUCCAAGUUUAAAUGCUACUGAUUUUCUGGAGAGAUUGAGAGGUGGGAAGCUUGUAUUUGUGGGGGAUUCAUUGAACAGGAACAUGUGGGAAUCUUUGGUUUGUAUCCUCCGACAAAGCAUCCCUAACAAGAAACGAGUUUAUGAGAUCUCAGGAAAGACGCAAUUUAAGAAGAAAGGUGUUUAUGCUUUUAGAUUCGAGGACUAUAAUUGUACAGUUGACUUUGUUGGUUCACCAUUCCUCGUAAGAGAAUCAACUUACCAAGGAAAAAAUGGAUCUUUCGAGACAUUAAGAUUGGAUCUGAUGGACCAGACAACUCAUACUUAUCAUGAUGCUGAUAUUAUAGUGUUCAAUACAGGCCAUUGGUGGACCCAUGAGAAAACUUCUAGAGGAGAAGACUAUUAUCAAGAAGGUGAUGUGGUGCACCCAAGGCUCAAGGUUCUUGAUGCAUAUACUCGGGCUCUGACCACUUGGGCUCGGUGGAUUGGCAGAAACAUUGAUGCUGAGCGAACGCAGGUUUUCUUCCGAGGAUAUUCCCCCACCCACUUCAAGGGAGGGCAAUGGAAUUCUGGAGGACAGUGUCACAGAGAAACGGAGCCGAUAUACAAUGAGGCUUUCUUACAAAAGUAUCCUUCAAAAAUGAGAGCUCUAGAUCAUGUGCUCAGAAAGAUGAAAACCCCGGUGACAUAUUUGAACAUAAGCAGGCUCACAGAUUACAGGAAAGAUGGACAUCCUUCUAUAUACAGAAUGGAAUAUAAAACCGCCCACGAACGAAACUCGGCCGAGCAGCACCAAGAUUGCAGCCAUUGGUGCUUACCCGGCGUACCAGACACCUGGAACGAGUUGCUCUACGCAUCCCUCUUGAAAAAUGGCAAGGGCACUUGGAAAAGGACCAACUGAAACUUCACUCAAAGUCAUUUCAUACCCACUUCCUGAUUCUUGAUACCUGUAUAUUUUAAUUCUUUUUUCCCACAUUUUCAGUUAUAGUUUCUGAGGAAGAUUAGUGUGAUGAGUUGAGAUAUUUGGGUUUUGUAAUCAUAUUCUUAUU